AUGUUGCCAGAAAAAACAGACGUGGUGGUGGUGAGACUCGCUCGAAGAGCCAGCCAGAGGUUUUGCCUGAACAAGAAGAGGUAAUUUUUUGUUUAGAUUGAAAAAAAUGUUUAAAAAAAAUUAUGAAACCUUGCUUUUCAAGCUAUUCAAUAUCAGAGUUCUUCAGUAAUAAAUUAAAAAUUGACAUCUUCCUUCUGAAACGAUCAUAAAUUUUUCAGCCAGCCCCAAAGAAAUUUUUUUCAGGAACCCGUGGCAAAAAGAACAAGAAAACAUUAGCUUUCGUAAAUUUCACAUUGCGAUUGGAUUUUCUCUGUUUUUUUAUUGUUAACAUGUUGAUAUUUUAUUUGAUAAUCAUAAUGUUUUUUUUUAAUUUCAUUUUUUUAUUGGUAUUUUUUGUUCUUCUGGUACUUAUUGACAAGUUUACAAGUUUCCUGCUCAAAACAAUAUUGAAAUUGAGUUCAUUUCUCUUUUUGCAAAUUAGUUUACUUUUCAGUUUUGUUUCCUGUUCGAAUAAACAUCUUUAAUUAUUUUUUGUUUUCAUAAUUUGAUUUUCAUUCUUACCAAUAUCGAAAUAAAAUGUAUAUAAAACACAAUCAAAAAUAGUUUGUCGAAGUGACAUUCUUCUCACAUAAAAAUCAAUCAAUAACACACAUCAUGUCAAAGAGCAAUCGGUGAGAGUGAUGGAGACGCAGAGAAAUUCUCCAGUUUAAAAAGAGACUGACUGCCACGUAGUUCACGUUUUCAUUAAAAAUUAUAAUCAUCUUUUUUUCAAUGCAAAAAAUUAGAUUUUCACGUGUAAAUGUCUGCGUCUCGCUCACUCUCGCCGAUUGCCAAUUUUCAUUGAGCUGACAUGUUGUGAACACAUCAACUUCCCAAAAAUUUCUCACAUAACGAUUUCUGGCGUGCAGCAGUAUUGUAUGGAUGCUCACUUUUUUACACAUUGUUCUUCACACACUUAUCUUAUUGCUUUUUCAAGAUGUGCUAAAUUCUCCCAAUUUUAAAAAUACUGUUUUUUCUGUCUGAAACACAUCAUUUGUUUGUAAUUUUUUGUUUUUCAGCUAUGGCGACCAUGUGGCAAAUUAGAUAUCCAGAAUUGAUUUGUGUGAUCUGUCAGGAUGACAUCAAACCACGAAAAAAUACGGCUUGUAGACCAUUAUCCUGCAAACAUUUUUAUCAUAAAACGUGUCUUCUGGAUUGGUUCAGAGUAAGUUUUAAUGCACAAAAUUAUUUUGAAUUGAAAAAAAAACAUUUUUCCAGCAUCAAACGGAAAAUUCGAUAGAAACAUUGUGCCCGUACUGCCGGCGGCCCACAUCUGUAGUUAUUGCUUUGGAGAACAAUAACAAUGGGAAAAAAUCUACGAAAUUUUACAACUCAACCGGCAGUAUUCAUAAUAAUCGAUAUAUACUUGGGAAAUACACAUGUAAAACUUGCCUGAUCGAAUGUUUCAACGAAGAACUGACAGUUUGUCGCCAAUGUCUUGAUCCAACGCACACUUUCUGCUUUUAUCAAAAUUCGAGUAGACCAGUUUGCAAUUCAUGUGCUCCCAGUCCUAUAGUUAGUUUGAAGUUAAUUUCUGAAAAAAAAACAUAUUUUCAGCCGAACAACGUUGGUGCAGAACCAGCUCAAGUGGUUACGAAUUCACAUCAAGCGAGUAGACCAAGUGGCACUGCACCAGCACAGGAGAUAGAACAAAACGGUUCUUGGAAUCUAGAAACUUUUGUUAUCUUAUUUAUUUUUGGCUAUUGCUUCCAUAUAGCGUUAGAGGAAAAUCGGUAAUUAUUAUAAUCACUAAAAGUAUUAUGCAAAAACUAACAAUAAAUUUUAUUUUCAAAAUUAAAAUAUAAAAAAUUUUGAGCUCAUUAAUGAAUCACCCUGUCCAUACGCUUUUUACCAUUAGUAAUAUUUUCCACAUUAAAAAAAUAUUUUCAUUGAUCUUUUUGAAAUUCAUCAUUCCGUUUUAAAAAAAUCACUGAAUAUAAGAAAUAUUGCGAAAUCGAAAAAAUUUUCUUCAUCUGUUUGAAUGAGCGCGUUGAGAUAUUUAUGUAUAUUCUCUGUUAGUUAUGCCUCUCUUUCUAGUUUUUCUUACAAUUUUUCAGCAAACGGGUAAUUGAAACAGAUUUAUUUUUUCUUAUUUAUGUUUGUUAAUUUUUUUCUUUAAAAAAACAUAAUUUUGCCAUAAAUCGUUAAUUCUCAUCAAUCUCAUAAUUUUUUUUGAUUUACUUGAAAUUGUUUCUUUAUUGUCUUCAAAUUAUACUAAUUUUUGAGACAACUUUUCUUUGGUCAAAAAUUUGCAAAACUGAAAGAUUUUCCAGGUAUACAAAUCCAUCUUUUUGAGCUAAAAUUCUUUUUAUUAUCAAUGCUGCCUACUAUUUCUAUCUGACAUAGUGUACAAGAAUAAAAAAUAACCUUUUUGUUCCCUUCUUGGAUUUGCUGUAAUCAAUAAUCAGUUUGUGGGAAGACAAAAAAGACACCCGCAACUUUUUGUAUGUCUGUCUGCGUUCUCUCACACUUUUCUUUCCUCCGCAACAACGGUUUGUUCGCUCGCAGCCAUUGCGUCUCUACUGCACUUCUAGCCGCUACUUGCGGGUUUUUUCCCGAGAUUUUGUACUUUCAUGCCUACAUUUUCUUCAAUCGGCAUACACUCUCGUUACUUUUUAAAAUUUGAAUUAUUUUCUUGCGUGGGAUGAUUUUUUGACCAUCUUUCACUAUGCGUUUUCACAUUUUCGAUGUUAUUCUCUCAAGCUUCUUUUUCUUCAAAACAUUACGAUUUCUGGAACUUUUUUCUGUGAUACAUCUUUCAAAAUUUUUUGUGUGUUUUCAGAUAUGGCAUAUGUAUGGCCAAUACAAUAUCCAGCAUUGGAGUGUGUUAUUUGUCAUGAGGAUAUAGAGCCAAAACAAAAUAGUGCUUGUAGACCAUUAUUCUGCAAGCAUUUUUAUCACAAAGAAUGCUUGCUGAAAUGGUUUGCGGUAAGUGAAGCAAAAUAUUUUAUUUUUGAAAAUUUUAUAAAUGAAUAUUUUCAGAUAGAAGCGAAAAAUAAGCAAUUGACGCAUUGUCCGUAUUGCCGUCGUGUUUCAUACAAAAUAGUAUCAUUGGAGAAUAAUGCGGAUGGGAAAAAAGUGAUGCAGUUCUACAAACCAUCAGGUAGCGCCUGCAAAAGUCAAUUUCAAAUUGAAGAAGACACAUGUGCAACUUGUUUGAUUGGAACUUUCGAUGAAGAUCUAACUGUUUGUCGUCAAUGUCUUCGCCCAACGCACACUUUUUGUUUGGCACAAAAAUUGGAGAAUUCGGUCUGCAACAGCUGUAUCGAAAUUGUUGAGUUUGAAAAUAUUCUUCCACAAAAAAACAUGAAACAUGUUUUCAGGUCAAUCCAGAAACUGCUGAACCGGCUCCGAUUGUCGCCGAAGAAGUCUCAGAAACAAGUGAAGAUAAUCGAAAAAAUGAGCCGCUAAAGUUGGUAUUGAUAAAGGUACGCGAGCAAAUCAGCGGUCCAAAAACAAGAUCGAUGGCAACAGCUUGAAAUUUGAAAUAAUAUAAAUUCCCUGGGGACUUCAAAACAAAUUUUGAAAAAAAAUUCUAGAAAAAAUUAAUACUCUAGUCUUUCUAAAUAUUUUUCAUUCUAAUUGUAAAAUUUUAAAAAUAUUAGUAACAAUUCUGAAUUUGAGAAAAAUCAUUGAUGAAAGUAGUUUUCAUAAAUAAAUAAAUGAAUAAUUUUCAGAUCGCCGAUGCUUCUUCUAAAUCUGGCCGUGCUUAUGCUAUUAAGACUGGUGGUUCUCAAGCACCAAAAAAAGCCCGUGAAGGUUAA